AGCUUCAGCUGAUUUCACUCAGUCUAAAUGAAUAUACUUGAUGCUUAGCCAUGAUUUUGUGUGGUUUUUUUUUUAAGGGACAAGUUUUUUGUUUUUGUUUUUAAUACAAACUGUCGUGUUGAGGGUUGACUUUCAGCAGAUCGCAGCAAGGGAGCUGCUCUAUAGUCUGACCUAAAGGGACAAGAUUUUUUUGUCGUUUAAUUAACGUCAUAGCCACUAGAUGCCAGUAGUACCCUCAAGUGUGACCAUCACAAAUGUCUCCAGACUUUCCAAAUAUCCCCUCAGGGGCAGAGUUGCCCUCAGUUGAGAACCACUGAUCUUACCAAAGGCGAAAGGAAGGCUUUUUAUCAAGACCUCCAUGUGCUCUUGAAAACUUCACUAAAUUAUUAGUAACUACCCUUCUGAUAACUUGAGAAAUGUGUCAGAAUCUCGGAGAAGAAGGAUGUACAGCUUGCAAAAAUGGAUUUUGUAUUAGAAGACAUGGAUCUUGCUGCUAAUGAGCUCAGCAUUUAUGACAAACUUUCAGAGACUGUUGAUUUGGUAAGACAGACGGGCCAUCAGUGUGGCAUGUCAGAGAAAGCAAUUGAAAAAUUUAUCAGACAGCUACUGGAAAAGAAUGAACCUCAGAGGGGGCCACCCCAGUAUCCCCUCCUUCUAGCUGUGUACAAGGUCGUCGUAACCCUGGGAUUAAUCUUGCUCACUGCCUACUUUGUGAUUCAACCUUUCAGCCCAUUACCACCUGAACCAGUGCUUUCUGGAGCUCAUACCUGGCGCUCACUCAUCCAUCACAUCCGGCUGAUGUCUUUGCCCAUUACCAAGAAGUAUAUGCCAGAAAAUAAGGGAGUUCCUCUGCAUGGGGGUGAUGCAGACAGACCCUUUCCAGACUUUGACCCCUGGUGGACCAAUGAGUGUGAGCAGAAUGAGUCGGACCCCAUCCCUGCCAACUGCACCGGCUGUGCCCAGAAAUUACCCCUCAAGGUGAUGCUCCUGGAAGACACCCCAAGGAAAUUUGAGAGACUCCAUCCUCUGGUGAUCAAGACUGGACAACCCCUGUCAUCUGAGGGGCUUCAGUGCUUUUUGUGCCAGUACCCUGAGGUUGCAGAAGGCUUCACCGAAGGGUUUUUCACCAAGUGGUGGCGCUGCUUUCCUGAACGGUGGUUCCCGUUUCCUUACCCAUGGAGAAGACCUCUGAACAGAUCACACCUUUUACGUGAGCUUUUUCCUGUGUUCACCUACCUGCCGUUUCCAAAAGAAGCCUCCUUGAAAAAGUGCUUCUUUCUUCAACCAGAACCUAUUGUGGGGAGUAAGAUGCAUAGGAUGCAUGACCUGUUUACCAUUGGCAGCGGCGAGGCCAUGUUGCAACUCAUCCCUCCCUUCCAGUGCCGAAGACAUUGCCAGUCCAUGGCGAUGCCACUAGAGCCAGGGGAUAUUGGCUAUGCUGGCGCCACCCACUGGAAGGUCUACAUUAUAGCCAGAGGGGUCCAGCCUUUGGUCAUUUGUGAUGGAACCACCCUCUCAGAACUGUAGGAAACAGAACUAAAGGAACAGUUUGAGAGCUGAAGACCGGAUCGAAAGGGGGAAAAUAAAAACAAAAAACGAUGAAACCACUUUCCAGGGGUUGGUUGCUUAGUUGCCUGCCCUGUGCAUGCGUGUGUGAGCCAGUUGUGUGCUGGAAGCAAAGGCCAGAGCCCAGCCCUCCCAACUCUUCCAGCCCAGUUGCUUGGCCAGGACCUUGCCAAUACCCAUCUGUGAGAGACUGGCCUCUUCCAGGCCUUUUGGCACCAAAGCCUUGAGGCUGCCCUUCAGGCAGGGAGCACGGUUGAUACCUUCCCUCACUUGCAUGACAUGAUCCCCUCUGCUGGCUCCCUGGCCAUGAGAGGGCAGUCACCAGGUCCUGACUUUAGAGCCAUCCUCUACCAGGUGGGCCUGCCUGUCCUCUCUUCCUGGUCACACCACCCUGUACUUUUUUUGGAAAGCCAUGGAUGAUUAAAGAAGUCAUUGCAGUUUCCCAAGCAGAAUGGAAUCUAGAACCGGUGAAAAAGGAUCAAAUAACCUCAAACUGCACUCAAGAAGUGCACUUCUUUCCCAGUGUCCAUGGCUCUUGGAGUAUCAGCGAUGCCAGGUCGGAGUCUGAUUGUAAUUGAAAUGGUAAUUCCUACGGUAAUUCUUGUCUCCAUUCUAUCAGUUCUUAUGCCUCUCCCCUCCCUCCCCUUCUCCCUUGCCUAUCUGGAUGGCUUCUCAGAAGUUGGGCUCCCGGUCUCCCUCCCUUGGAUGGGCCAGCGCCCUUUACUGCUGAGGCACCACUGCUCUUGUCAACUAUGUUGCUUUUACCAAAUGUCUUCGGAGGGGGAGAGGGUGCCUCCCCGGGUUUGAUCUUUAGGGUCCAACUUUCUGCAGGAAAGAUGUUUUACAGACGUGUCAAGCUGAUGUUGUAAGGUGGUUGGGGAAGGAACUCCAGACCCAGAGUCUUGGCCAGCUGGGCGUACGACUGAGUGACCCUCUGUCUUGAAAUGAUUUCUCUCUCUCUACUGGGAGCCAAGGUGAGGUGUUUUUAUUUUUUGUGAAAUUAUAAAAUCAUGUUCUUUUUUUUUUUUUUUUUUUUUUUUUGCGGUACACGGGCCUCUCACUGUUGUGGCCUCUCCCAUUGCAGAGCACAGGCUCCGGACGCGCAGGCCCAGCGGCCAUGGCUCACGGGCCCAGCCACUCCGCGGCAUGUGGGAUCUUCCCGGACCGGGGCACGAACCCGUGUCCCCUGCAUCGGCAGGCGGACUCUCGACCACUGCACCACCAGGGAAGCCCAAAUCAUGUUCUUUUGAUUGGAUGAUUCACUAUGCUCAUUGUUUUCCCCAAGUGCUUUUAGUGUGUCUUAAGUGUGUAAAGGACACUCUUUUCUUGUUUCCUUUUUCCCUUUAUUAUUCCUUUAUCGACUCUUAAAAAUCUGGCUUCUGAAAAUGCCAUUGCCAAGUUGAAGAAAAAGCACACCACACUGCAGCCCUGGUUCUGAACUGCAGAAAUCAAACAGAUACUGGAGGUGUCUGUGUCGAGUUACAGACCAGAGGCAGACAGUGGUGAGGGAAGAGGGUGGGUGUGACUCCUUAUGGGGUCUUCAUCCUUGCAGGCACCCCUGCACCUUGUCCCCAGGCCCUCUUUCCCUACACAUCUCACGAGCAGCAGUGAGGAUCGUCAGGUGCUUGAGUGGCCUGUGUGUGGGCUUGUAAAGGACAUGGAGGGUUCGCAGAGUCCAGGGUGGAAAAGCUCAGAGCCUCCUCCACGGUCUUGAGUGAAACUAGGACGAAUUGUACCUGAGGGAAUUUUUCCUUAAAAGAAUCAGGCCUUGUGUGAAUUGAUACAGGAAAAACAAAACUUUGCGUCCAUAUGAAAGUCAUGCUGCUAAGCAGUUACAAUUUAAGAGGUUUUAGAUCAGAGAGAUCAUUUGGAGGCCAGCUUUGUGCAAGUUGUUUGAGCCUUUCCAGUGUCCUUACCCCUACUGCAUAAGGGGAAGGUUUAUACGUAAACAAGGUCUUCAGAGGCCUCUCAGCGUUUUUCUUACAUUAGGUCCUCUGGGUUAACAAAAGACAGGGUUCCUUAGGAGCAAAGUAACUCUUUUGUUGAUGGAAAUUUCUGUUUUUAUGAAUUACCCUGUGUUCCUUCCCCAUUUUACUCCAGCCCUUUACACCUUAAAUGUUCAUAAAAUACCUUCCUCAGCUCAAAACUGAAAAACCCUUGUAUGUGUUGGUGUUCUGAGUCAUCCUCUGGGAGGUCCCCUGAGCUGUCUACAGUUCAGCAAAGAAUGGUAUGGCAGCAGAUAAGUAGAGACUUUUUAAAAUCAUUUAAAAAUCUGUCCAGUUCAGAAUUGAAUAUAGAUUUAUGUUAGGGGAGAAGUUCUCCAAAGAGGUUUUCCACUUUUAAUUACUGGAUACUGAGAAGUAAUUCACCUUUUUCUCAAGGUAAUUCUGAAAAGCAGAAUCUACCACUGACCAGUCAAUGAUCAAUGGGUUGCCGGCCAAUUCCUUUCUAGUUAUCCAAGUCUUUGUGUGAGGGUGCCGCAGGAUCUCCCCUGCUCACCUAGCUCUCAGCUCCUCCAUUGAAGCAGCAAAAGUCCCUCCACGUUUCCCGGUGUGGGAAAAGGGUCAUAAAGAUGAGGAAACAGGGUCGGGGGGCUGGUGGGACCACAUAACUCCCCAUCUCUACCACCACAGUAAGAGCAAAACCGCAGAGCUUGCUUUAAACAGAGGGACUUGCUCUCGUGAAUUUGAGUUUAGUAAGAGGUCACAUGGCGGUGACCUCCGCGCAUGGGUUAGGUUCCCUUUCUUGUCAGCUCCCAGAGCAGAGGCUCGUGUCCCCAGAUUUCAGCUCUCAGGGGAGAAAGGCUGCUUUGACACCAGUUUGAAGUAUUAUAUCCAGGUGUCCUGAGGUCCCCAGGAGUCAGGUGUUGAACAGACUCUACACCUGUUCUGGCUUAUGAAGAGAGGUAGAACUUAUCCUCUCGCCACUCUCAAUUUUUCAAGGAAAGGAGAGAGUGAAAUAACUGGUUUAUGAAAACAGAAUCUGCCUCUUCGGCAAAAUACAAAACGUCUAUGAAGUGGACAAAUUUGGGGUCAUUUUCUGAGAGAAAGAAAUAGUAACAUUUGUCCAGUCCAUUCCAGCUUGAGUGUCUCGAGGGGCUUCCCUGGUGGCACAGUGGUUUAGAAUCCGCCUGCCAAUGCAGGGGACAUGGGUUCAAGCCCUGGUCUGGGAAGAUUCCACAUGCCGCAGAGCAGCUAAGCCCAUGCACCACAACUACUGAGCCUGCGCGCCUAGAGCCCGUGCUCCGCAACAAGGAGAAGCCACCGCAAUGAGAAGCCCAUGCACCACAGAGAAAAGUAGCCCCUGCUCGCUACAACUAGAGACAGCCCGCGUGCAGCAACAAAGACCCAACACAGCCAAAAAAAAAGUUAAUUAAUUAAUUUAAAAAAAAAGUGUCUCGAUAUACAUGAUCUCUGAUCUUUUGUCAGUCCUGUAAAGCAGGUAUUAGAUCCUCAUUUUACAAGUAAAGAAACAGGACAGUCCUGGGGCUGGGGACUGUCCUGUAGAUGGCUGGUUCCACCAAUAAUGGUUCCACAUUAUUUUCCUGCUACAGCAAGUAUGGUGCCCAGGAAUGAAGCUGUGGGUUUAAUUGACUCAGGUGUGCCCAGCCAGGUAGGAGAACCUAGGGGCAGGGUCAGCAAGCCGGGAACUCUUCAGGGUUUGUUUUCAAAACUGUUUUAGCCAGAAAUGGAGAGAAUCUAACAGAUGACUUUUGUAAAAAGCCUUUCACUUUUUCCCUCCCCAUCUGAAAGCUCUUUUAAGAGUGAAUGUGGCUGGAACACAACCAUGUCCAGCCAUCUUCCCAUCACCACAAGUUUCCAGAUGUGUGACCAGAAGAAGGACUCUGCCCAAUUCCGGUUGUGGGUCCCCUUGGAGUUUACAUCACUUGUUUUUGAGUUCUCGGUUUUCUAUUCCCUUCUUCCAAAACCCAGCAUACACCUCAGCGUAGGAACAAUUAUUUUAAAACAAAAUAGUUCCUCAGCUGCAGGUGAUGGCCUCAAUCAUUUUAGUACAGUCUAGAUGAUAUUUUGCUCAUUAACCAGUGCCUUCCAUUGUGAAAAUUCAAAACCUCAAAGCAGAUGUUUGCUUCUCAUCUAAUCCUUGUCCAGCAGAAGGCCAGGUCGUAGGGGAAAGUGAAGUCUGGUUGCAAGGAGAAAGACGCUCUUGUCUACCUUUUGAGAAUCAAUUAUUAAACAGGAAUCUCUUAGGCUUUUGAGUUCUCCUAUCGAUGGAAGAAAAACUCUCCUGAGUUACAAGUUCCACACUCAUUAACUUUCAUUUUUAAACUUUUUCACCCACUAAAAUUGGUUGAAGGACGGGAGUGCCAGAGAUGUGCUUUAAAAUAGCAUUUUGGUUUGAGAGCCUCUCCACGUUUGGACCUGCGUAUAUUGGGUCCAGAGCAGACGCAUAUCUGAGCCAGGAGGCUAUGAAGGUCAGGCGCUUAUGGAGAGAGCCCUGUCACAAAUGAAAAAUGGGAGGCUCUGGGAACGUGCUGUGUCGCCAUCAGCCUCCCCAUAUCUCCAGCAGCUUCUUCUGCAAAAGCAUCUCAGAGAAGAUGGACGGGCGGUCUCCCUUGUGCACCACAUCCAAGUCCACCCACCGGGCGCAACGUGGCUUUAAGUGCUGGCCUUGGUGAGAAACCUUCCAGCCAGCUCGUCUAUGGUCCAGGUCCUCUAGUGUCUGGUUUCCCUGUCCUGCGUAAUUUAAGCAUUAGAGCUAUAAAUCUGUUAUUUCUCCCUCUCUGGAGACUGUGAAAUGUCCAGCCCUCUUCAGAAUAGUAGAGAGAAGAAAUGUUAACUGCAAGUGGAGGCCUGGAACUGUCCAGACAUGGUGGGGCUGCCCACAGGCCAUUCCUCCUGUCUUCAUGCAGCUGAAAUCUGUCAGUCAGCCCACAUCAAUCCAAGAGUGAGCCACAGCUGCAAGCACCCGUGCUGAGGAGGGAAACCAAUUUAGAGUUUCAGACAGAAAUUGGAGUGUUGGGACAUCUGCUUUGUGCCAGGCAUAAUUGUCCUCAUUAUUCCUAACAACAGCUCUGUGGGGUAGGUGAGGUCAGCAGUGUCCCACCCUUCAAACUUCAGCCCCUCAGAGCACUUCCAGCCUGUCAAGGAACAAACUCGCACUUAACCUAUGAAAAUUGGUGACGGAAACUGACAGACCUGUGGCAUUCCCAGAGAAGCCCCAGCCUCAUAGGCGACUUUCCCUCCAAACUUCUCUCCAUAGUUUCACCCUCAGAAAAGUGCUGGCUGUGGUCUCUUCCUCCCCCUCCCUCCUGGGGAAAGGUCAGUAACAGACGCCUAGGCUGGGGGAGAACACUGGAGAGGCAAAGGGAAGCAGGAACUCAGUGCUCAGCCUCUUCCCCGCCGCCAUCAGGGACGGGAGCCAGGACGGCUGCAGCUUGUCUUCAGGGAACCAGGGUGGUGGGCCUGGGUGGUCCCAGUGAGCAGAGGAAGGGGGACACCUGUUCCGCCACGAGUGCUCCAAAUGGUCUAAGCUCUUACUCUGUGUUCAGUGUGGAAUGUUGACCAUAACUUAAUGUCCUGCAAACUUGUAAAGAAUGUAUGUAAAUUAAAGUUUUAUGUAACAAAAAUUUUUACUUUUUGCAAUUAAAAGUGUGUACAUUGGUUGAUAAGAA